AACCCUUCUCCCUCUUCUUAAUAGUUAGAUCAGAGCUUUGGAAUGUGGAGUAUCCAAAACUACUACUUAGACCACCAAAAAAAGUCUUUUUUUUUUUUUUAAAGACUUCAACAACAACUUCAAGCUACAAAUAUAUUGGUAUUGCCAAAAAUAAUAUCCACUUUAAUUUUGUUCUUGAAAUUAAUCAAACACUUAGCUUUAAUUUCUCAAGCAUAUUUAGUACCAUGCAUUUCUUUCACUUUUCUUCUCUUUUUCCUCUCUUUCCUCCCUCUCUCUCUCUCUCUCUCUCCUUAAAUCUAGAGAGAGAAAGUGAGUAGUUAAGUAGAGAGGUAGUACUAUAUAUGGUGUAAAACUGUAAACCCUAAUCCUUUUUUCUUCUUCUUUUUUUUUUUUUAGGAUUUUUUUGGUAAUUAAUCUUUAAACUUCAUCAUAUACUCUAUUAUAAAUAUGCUAGUUUUUGUUAUAUUAAAUUACUUUCAUCUUAUAUUUUUAUUUGUUGAUUUGUGAUGCAGGAAGGUUUAAUUUGGUGAUGCUUAUUAAGCUCAAGUUAUUAUCAUCAAGAAAGUGGUGAAUUACAAAGUGAUUAAGCUUAAUUAUUAGUGUAAUAGUGGAAGAUUAUAAGUUUAUAACUAUUUUAUGAGCUCAAUGAAUUCAAACAAUUGGCUAUCUUUUCCUCUUUCUCCUACUCAUCCUUCACAUCUUCAAUCCACCAAUUCACAACCUCAUCAACAAUUCUCCUUAGGCCUUGUCUCCGACAUUGACAACCCCUUCGGCCAAGCUCAAGAAUGGAACUUGCUCAACUCACAAGGCGGUAACGAGGUCCCUAAGAUAGCAGAUUUCCUAGGAGUAGGAAAAUCGGAGAGUCACCAUGAUUCGCCGGAUCUUUCAGCGUUUAGUGACAUGGGCCAAGGCAGUGAAUCAGAUUAUCUAUUUUCCGGCAAUAACGGGUUACUCGCGGUGCAAAACACCGUGGCAGCAGCUAGUAACACUAGCGAAUAUGAUCAAUACCAAGAUAACUCGAAUAACUGCUUGCAAUCAUUAACGUUAUCUAUGGGAAGUAGUGGGCAGCAACAGCAACAACAGCAGCUACAACAACCUUCUAGCACUAAUAAUUGCGAAACGAGUGGUGACAAUGUUAGCACCGCAGCCACUGGGGCUGCCUCGACUGCUGCCACUGUCACCACCGCGAUUACUCCUGUGGUUGAGGCUACUCCUAGGAGGACACUUGAUACUUUUGGUCAAAGAACUUCUAUUUAUAGAGGUGUUACUAGGCAUAGGUGGACGGGAAGAUAUGAAGCUCAUCUUUGGGAUAAUAGUUGUAGAAGGGAAGGACAAUCAAGGAAGGGUCGUCAAGUGUAUCUUGGAGGGUACGAUAAGGAAGAGAAGGCCGCAAGGUCUUAUGAUCUAGCUGCAAUCAAGUAUUGGGGAACUUCUACCACCACAAAUUUUCCAAUAAGCAACUAUGAGAAAGAAGUAGAGGACAUGAAACACAUGACUAGACAGGAAUUCGUAGCAGCUAUUAGAAGGAAGAGUAGUGGAUUCUCUAGAGGUGCAUCAAUUUAUCGUGGUGUAACGAGGCACCAUCAACAUGGGAGAUGGCAAGCAAGAAUCGGAAGAGUAGCGGGGAACAAAGAUCUCUAUUUGGGAACUUUUAGCACAGAAGAGGAGGCCGCGGAAGCUUAUGACAUUGCGGCCAUCAAGUUUAGAGGCCUCAAUGCUGUGACAAACUUCGACAUGAGCCGGUAUGAUGUGAAGGCCAUCCUAGAGAGCAACACUCUACCCAUAGGAGGAGGAGCCGCCAAGCGCCUUAAGGAAGCUCAAGCCAUAGAAUCUUCUAGAAAGAGGGAGGAAAUGCUUGCCCUAAGCAAUAGUACUUACCCAUAUGGAGCUAGUAGCUCAACCUCGAGUCGGUACGGGGCCCACCAACAAGCCACUCAUGCUUACCCUUUACUACCUUACCACCAACAAGACACCCAACCACAACCCUUGCUAACCCUACAAAACAACCAUGGUCAAGAAAGUAACAACAUUUCCCUUUCACAUUACUCUCAAGAAGCUCAAUUCUUACAAUUGUACCAACAAUCAAGUUACUCAAACCCUAGUAGCAUGUACAAUAAUUAUCUCCAAACUAACCCUAGUUUGCUACAUGGGUUUAUGAACAUGAGCUCAAACUCUGGUGUAAUUGAUACUAACAACAAUGGUAGUUCAAGUGGGAGCUAUAGUGGUGGCGCCUACCUUGGAGGCGGGGCCGGGAUCAAUGGCAUGGGGUCCGCCUCCUCGACGAGCAACCCUGUGGGACCCGGUGAUACUCAUGAGCCUCUUGCAUUGGUGAAGGUGGACUAUGACAUGCCUUCUGAUGGUGGUGGUGGAGGAAGCUAUGCAGGGUGGUCGACGGAGACGGUCCAAGGAUCGAAUAAUGGAGUCUUUGCAAUGUGGAAUGAGUGAUGACCAAAUAACUCAGGGGUGAUUUUGCAUUGUUAGUUGACAAAUUUUUGCAUGGAGGAGGGGGAAUAUGAAGGGAUUUAGACUUACAUUUUUAGUUGCUUUAUUUUUAUUUUUCUUGUGUUUUAAACUUGGAAUCAAGCCUUAUAAAAAAAAAAAAAAAAAGAAAAGAAAAACAAAAGCUAAAUGUUAAGCGGAUGGAUAGGUUCAUUUUCAAUGGGAAAGCUAAAUGAGAGAUUAUGGUUCACUUAUA